AAAUACCAAAACAACAAAAUCUCACCAAAUCCUAAUUAAAUUUUAGAAAAUGAAACUAUCGGUUUACUUUGUAACCGUUUUCAUACUUGUCCUUCUCAUUCUACCAACGGCGAUCCCUCACGACUACUCCGACGCUCUUAGAAAGUCAAUCCUCUUCUUUGAAGGUCAACGCUCUGGUCGUCUUCCAAAGCAACAAAGGAUGGCAUGGCGAGGUAACUCCGGACUCAACGACGGCAGAAGCCUAAAUACCAACCUCGUUGGUGGUUACUACGACGCCGGAGACAACGUUAAGUUUCAUUUUCCGAUGGCUUUUACGGCCACGAUGCUUGCUUGGAGUGCUAUUGACUUCGGUAGUUACAUGUCUCCGAAUGAUCGUGGACAUAAUCUCGUUUCCCUCAAGUGGGCCACCGAUUACCUCCUUAAGACCGUUUCACAACUCCCUAAUCGCAUUUUCGUCCAAGUAGGUGAAGCACAACCGGAUCAUGAUUGUUGGGAAAGACCGGAAGAUAUGGACACGCCACGAACCGCUUUCGCCUUAGAUGCAUCAUAUCCAGCUUCCGAUUUAGCGGGCGAAAUCACAGCUGCUUUAGCAGCCGCUUCAAUUGCAUUCAAACAGUCAAAUCCAAGAUAUUCCAAAAUAUUACUCGAUAAAGCCAUACAAACGUUUAAGUAUGCAGAUUCACGUCGAGGUUCUUAUACCGAUAAUCCAGGGGUGAAUAAAGCCGUUUGCCCGUUUUACUGUAGUGUUAAUGGAUAUAAGGAUGAGUUGCUAUGGGGAGCUGCGUGGCUGAGAAGAGCAACGGGCUUAGACUAUUAUCUCACAUACUUAUUGAAUAAUCGUCAAGCUUUCGGUGCAAAUAACAAUUACUUGGAGUUUGGCUGGGACAACAAAGUUGGGGGUGUUAAUGUUCUCAUUGCCAAGGAAGUAUUUCAGAAGAAUAUGACCGUUUUAGCACCAUAUAAAGAUACCGCAGAGAAAAUGAUGUGUGCAUUUUUCCUAGAAACGACCGGUCCACACAUGAGUUACACUCCCGGUGAUCUCAUUUAUAAACAUGGAAGCAGCCAGCUCCAGAACACAGCUGCUUUGUCUUUCCUCCUCCUUACCUACGCAGAUUACCUCUCUAAAUCCUCUCAACAGCUCAGUUGUGGUAACCUCAAGUUUCAACCAGACUCUCUUCGCCGCAUUGUCAAAAGACAGGUAGACUAUGUUUUGGGAGAUAAUCCAAUGAAGUUGUCAUACAUGAUUGGGUACGGUGAGCGGUACCCACGACUGAUCCACCACCGUGGUUCGUCUAUACCGUCUGUUGCCAUUCAUCCGACUGCCUUCGGGUGCUUACAAGGAUGGACAAUUUUCUCAUCACCCAAUCCAAACCCCAACAUUCUUAUAGGUGCGGUGAUUGGCGGCCCUGACGUCGAUGAUAAAUUUAUUGGAGGUCGGACAAAUGCUAGCGAGACCGAGCCCACAACUUACAUCAAUGCACCUUUUGUUGGUAUCUUGGCGUACUUUAAAAGCAACCCCAAGUUCUCUUGAUUUUAGUUUCCUUUCCAACUUUGUAAAACAUAUAUGACAAAUAAAAAAAUGUACAUAUAUAUUGAU